AUAUUUACGUAAGUAACUUAUCUAAGUGAAUCACUUCUCUAAUGGAUAAUAUCACUUAGUAAAAAAUAAACAAAACACGUUAAUUAACGAAGAGAUUACACGUACACAUCAUCCUUAAGGAAGAGAAGAGAACAAGACUCAUGAUUUAAAAUUAAGCUAGUGGUCACUCUCUCCAGGCGCCGCUCUCUCUCUCUCUCUCUCUCUCUCUUUCUUUCUUUCUUUCUUCUCUCUCUCUCUCUGGGAAUGGUCAGUCAAUUUCACCACUGAGAGCUCAAAAUCGCCUGACCUUGACCUCUACUCUCUCUUCUUAUCUCUUCCCCAAGAAAAAAAGCACUUCCCAGUUUAGAAGAAGAGAGCCAUCAUCAUGAUACAAUCUGGAGAAUUCCCUGCAUGGCUUGAGGUUUUGUUAAAAGACAAGUUUUUCAACGCUUGUUUGGAUCAUGAAGAUGUUAAGAAGAACGAGAAGAACAUUUUAUGUAUCGACUGUUGUCUUAGCAUCUGUCCUCACUGUCUCUCUUCACACACCUCUCAUCGUCUCCUUCAGAUAAGAAGAUACGUGUACAGAGACGUUUUGAGGGUAGAUGAUGGUUCGAAGCUAAUGGAUUGCUCUUCAAUUCAGCCAUACAUAACGAACAGUUCGAAAGUUGUGUUCAUCAAUGAACGACCUCAGUCUCGGCAGUUUCGUGGUUCCGGCAACAUUUGCAUCACCUGUGACCGGAGUCUCCAGUCUCCUUACCUCUUCUGCUCUCUCUCCUGCAAGAUUAGUGACGUCAUAAUGAGACAAAGAGCACUCUCAGGCUUUCUCCGCGUCUGCAACGUUCUCGAUUUAACCGACGAAGUCACGACAACGACGCCCAGCUCCACUCUCGAACCGACCGGGUCGACCCGUACGUCUUCCGAGUCAGGUGGUAACGCACCAGGAGGAGUAGGAGACAUGUUCUGGUGUCAGGCGCUCGCUUGCACCGCUACUACUGAAAUCGUUAGGAAGAAAAGAAGCAGCUUGUCGACGAGUUGCCGGAGAGUCACGGAGGAGGUGGUUUCCACGACUAACACGGAAGCUCCGGCGAAUUUUUUAAACCGACGGAAGAACACGCCGCCGCAGCGAGCUCCCCUCUAUUAACUCGUAACGUUCGUUUGUGAAGUUUGGUUGGGUUGGUCAGUUGGAGUGGUAAGUAGAAUGAAUACACGUAACGUAAUUACGUAACUAUUAUAGUCUUAUUUUAUAUAAUUAAUCAAGUAUCUAAAUAUCGAAACUUAGGUUCUUAAGAAAAAUGAAAGUAUGGGAAUUAAAAUAGAGAUGUCUGUCCUGGUUUUGUCUGACUCUGAUCUGUACCGGGUAAUGGUAGAACUCUAUGUUAUUUAAUAUUCAAUACUUUUUAGUAAAACCAAACAUUUGGUUCGUAUAA